CACCAAACGCACCAUCGACCAGCAAUCUCCUCCCCCGCUCGCUCGCUUCUCCAGCCAGCUCCGAGCAAGGGGAAGCCCAUGGCGAUUCUCCGCCUGUCCCCCGCCCUCUCGCCUGCUUGUGCCGUUGUCUCCUUCCCCUGCAUGCCGUACUCCCAGCUCCUCCCACGGCCCCCCUCCCGCUCAACCCUCAUCUGCCUCGCCGCGACGCCCAAGGUGCCGCUCCCCAUCGCGUCGCCGGCGUCCCUCGGGGACGACCCCAGCAAGUGGGACCCGGCCGAGUGCGACGCCCUCCUCCGCGGCGGCGAGCAGGUCGCCUCCGUCCUCCAGGAGAUGCUUACGCUGAUGGAGGACAUGGACAUGGAUGGUGCAUUUGAGCCGGUGGCUGUAGAGCUGGUGGCGCAAGGAGUUAUUGGGAAGAGGGUCGAUGAGAUGGAGUCAGGCUUUCUUAUGGCACUCGAUUACAUGAUACAACUUGCACAGAAGGACGCAGAUGAUGAGCGCAAGUCUCUUCUUGAGGUAAUUAAACAGACAGUGCUAGAUCAUCUAACAAAGAAAUGUCCUCCACAUGUUCAGGUUGUUGGACUCCUCUGCCAGACUGAAAAGAAAGAGAGCAGGCAUGAAUUGCUGCGCCGUGUAGCUGCUGGUGGAGGUGUUUUCAAGAAUGAUAAAGGUCUUAAGUGCCAAAUUCCUGGGGCAAAUCUUAAUGACAUUGCGAACCAGGCAGAUGAUCUACUGGAGUCAAUGGAAUCUAGGGACACAAUUCCUGAUCGAAAACUUCUUGCAAGACUAGUUAUAGUAAGAGAGGAAGCCCGAAAUAUGAUGGGAGGUGGCCUGUUAGAUGAAAGAAAUGAUCGCGGUUUGACUACUCUCCCUGAGGCAGAGGUGAACUUUUUGAGCAAGCUUGUCGCUCUUAAACCUGGGAAGGCAUUGGAGAGGAUGAUCAGGGAUGUUAUGAAUGGCAAAGCGGAAGGUGCUGAUAACAUUAAACAAUCAAGUGCCGAUUCGCAUGCUGAACAGGAGCAUCUAACUGGAUUAUCUGGAAGGGGAAGUGUAUCAGGCCGCAAGCCACGGCCAGUCCGCCCUGGAAUGUUCCUCGAGACUGUUUCCAAGGUCCUAGGUGGCGUAUAUGCAAGCAACACAUCUGGCAUUACAGCUCAACAUCUAGAAUGGGUACAUCAAACAACACUGAAAAUUCUUCAGGAAUUGGCCUUCUAGGCUUGCUAUCAAGGAUUCACUGCUACUUAUGAACAUAGGCAGUACGUGCACAUCCUUAGCCUGUUAGCCACCAAAGGUACAUGAUAUUGGAAAGCCCUGUGCACAGAAGGAUCACAUUGCACCAGGUUAUGGACCCUAUCCACGAGCCAAAAUGGUCGUGAAUGACAUCUUUGGGUUGAGAAGUGAAGCAAAAGAAAUGCUAGGCGGACAGCCAAAGAUCACUUAUGGGAAGAAUAUGCUGUCACAAUGUACAGCCAUUAGGGCCAAAGGAUUAAACUAAUAGAGUGAGCUUUAUUCAAGCGCUUCUGACAGAAGUGCAUAGUUGGUUGCUUUUGCCCGCUGACCAAUUUUAAAUACUAGACUCCGAACUGUUUAGAGGCGGUCAGGCAGAACGCUCUCUGUGGAUAAGUCUUUGUUCCUUGGCAAUCUGUAACUUUUUCUUUGCACAUAUUGUUCCAGACUUCUGGUCAUAGGUGAUAUACGUUACAUGAAUACAAAUCAGUGGUAUCUUGGACUUGGAGGCAACGUGAAUAUAUUUAUCUCA